AUGAAGGUCACUUCGGCUAUUGCGUUUUUCUCUCUUCUGGCCUCUGGCCAGGCCACCGGAGCGUACUGGGGCUCCGAGAAAUACUACUCCAGCCCGGGUAGAUCGCCUAACAAGUGUAAUGACCACCAGAGCAAGGGCUUCAGCUGGACUGACCUCGCUGCUGGCUCCUUCUCCGAGUAUGGCGGCUUCUCCUUCUCUGGUUUCACUUGCGGCAAUGGCUUUGGUUCUAGCCUUGGCAAGCGUGGCACUCAAAAAUGUAUCUCCGGUACCGUCUCUAAAGGUAGCUCCUCUAGCUCCAGUGCUGGCUCCAGCUCCCAAAGCUCCAGUUCUUCGGCUCCAUCCUUCGCCUGCGGCUCGGACGAGAGCGGCUUCUCUGUGACCAACUUCCACGUUGCCACUGAGAAGGAUACCGAAUUGCACAUCAUCUACAGCAUGCCGGAUGGAUCGACUUGCAGGAAUACCGCUUCCUGCAACUCAGCUGGUACUGUGGUCAACAACGACCAGUGUGGUGGUGCUAAGUCCGUUCACUUCGAGCUGCCCGACGAUAGUGAACAUGAGAGCUGCGGUUUCGGCAUCUACAGCGUUGGCUUUGACUGCACUCCUGGUUCCACAACCACUGCGCCUGUCCUUGUCACCACUGCUCCUGUUACCAGAGUUCCAUAUGAACAAAUAUCUGUGUCUGCUGGCUCCGGCUCUGUUGUUGCGCCUUCACUCUCUGUCCCAGGCUCUGAUGUGGCUCCAGUCACCACCCCAGUGGUCAGCACACCUCUUCGGAUGACUACAUCGACUGUGUUCACCACCAGUUUGUUCACUAUCACUAGCUGUGCUCCGACUGUCACCGAUUGCCCAGCUGGAUCAGGCUCAACCACUGUGGUGACUUCCACCAUCGCUCUUUCCACCACGGUCUGCCCCGUUACUGAGACUGCUCCUGCCGCUACAAGCUCGCCAUCUGAGCCUGCUGUACCCGGCCCGAGCAGUAUCCUCCCUGUCAGCUCGUCUGCUGGUGUUCCUCCUCCCAGUGACACAUCUGGUCCCACAUCUUCGGUUUCGGCUCCUUCUUCCGUUUCCCCUACUACGAGCGAGACCCCGGCUGGAACUUCUCCUGCUUCGACCCCGCUUAUCACUACUCCAGUCCAGAUGACUACCUCAACCGUGUUCACCACUAGCGAGAUCACUAUCACUAGCUGUGCCCCGGAGGUUGUGAGCUGCCCAGCAGACUCGACCACAGUAGUGACUUCCACCAUCGCUCUUUCCACCACGGUCUGCCCCGUUACUGAGACUGCUCCUGCCGCUACAAGCUCGCCAUCUGAGCCUGCUGUACCCGGCCCGAGCAGUAUCCUCCCUGUCAGCUCGUCUGCUGGUGUUCCUCCUCCCAGUGACACAUCUGUUUCCACAUCUUCGGUUUCGGCUUCGUCUAUUUCAUCCACUACGAGCGAGACUCCAGCCGGAACUUCCGCCGCUUCUACCCCGCUUAUCACUACUCCAGUCCGGAUGACUACCUCAACCGUGUACACCACCAGCGAGGUCACCAUCACCAGCUGUGCCCCGGAUGUUGUGAGCUGCCCAGCAGACUCGACCACAGUAGUGACUUCGACCAUCCCUAUCUCCACGACUGUGUGUCCCGUCACUGAGACUACGACGGCUGCUGUCAGCUCCACACCUCUGCCUGCAGGCUCAAGCUCAAGCGGCGUUUUGCCUGUUAGCUCACCGGCUGGAACUUCCGCCGCUUCGACCCCAGCAAUCACCACUCCAGUCCAGAUGACUACCUCAACUGUGUACACGACCAGCGAGAUCACCAUCACUAGCUGUGCUCCCGAGGUUGUGAGCUGCCCAGCAGACUCGACCACAGUGGUGACUUCGACCAUCCCUAUCUCCACCACUGUGUCUCCCCGGCUGGAUCACCUCUCCCCCAGUGGCACUUCAGUUGCUUCCACGUCCGCCGGAACCUCCUCGGCUCCCGGCGUGACCUCCGAUGUCUCGUCCCCUGCACCUUCCUCUCCUCCUAGCACAACUCCCGCCCCUGGCGAGGCCACCACCACUGUCGUUACUUGGGAGACUGUGACCACUUGCCCCGUGACUAACACUGUUACCUCUGGUUCCUCUACUUUCGUGACUACCUCGAGCACCAUUUCAACUGUUACGUUGACUACUGUCUCUACAAUCUGCACUGAGUGCUCCGCUACCGCCACAUCUGUUGCUGGUCAGAGCACUGUUGCCCCGUCUGGUACCCCCGAGGCUUCAACCACUGUCGUUUCCAGCACUGGACCAUCUGGUACGCCUGAGGGAUCAAGCUCUGUCUCUUCUUCGUCUGCGGAGGCCUCCAGUCCCUUCCCCAGCGGCCCCGAUGUCACUAGCUCGGUCCCCUCUAGCGUGGGUGCUAUUACUACACCUGCGGUUCCCCAAGGGUCGACUGCCACGGUUAUAACUUAUGUUACCGAGACCACCUGUCCUGUGACUGCCACUAUCACUUCUGGAUCGUCAACUUUCGUCACGACAUCGAGCACAGUAUCAACUGUUACCUUGACCUCCACCCCCUACCUUCCCAGCUCUGUCGCUGCCGGAAGUACUCCUGCUCCCUCUGAAACAGGCGUCGCCGGCACCACUGCUCCUACGGGUCCCGCUGUCACCAGUGUCGUCUCAUCUAGCGUUGGCGUCAGCUCUACACCCACUAUUCCCGAGGGUGCCACGACCACCGUUGUGACUUACGUGACCGAGACCACCUGCCCCGUGACCAACACCGUCACUUCGGAUUCUUCCACCUUCGUGACCACAUCCCACACAGUUUCCACAGUGACCCUCACCUCCGUUUCAACCAUCUGUACCCAGUGCGCCACUACCGCCACUGCUGCCACUGAGACUCAUUCUCAUUCUACCGCCAGCAACACCCCGACAGUCCCCACCGGUGUUUCCCCGGUAUCGAGCCCAGCUCCCUCAGCUCCUUGCCCCAAUACGGUGCCUCAGUGCAUCAACACUUGGCUCACCCUCGCCCCCAAGUGCACAUCCAACAGCGAUGCUUCAUGCUUCUGCCCCAACAGCGAGUUCACUAGCAAAGUCAUCUCUUGCAUCCAAGCCUGGGGCGCCUCCAAGGAAGAGAUUCAAUCUGCCCUGUCCUACUUCACCGGUAUCUGCGCCACCUGGGUCCCCGAGAACCCAGGCAUCGUAACCGCCAUCCCCUCAACCAUCACCCUGAUUCCGACAGUCGCUCCUUCCGCACCCGCAUCUAGCGUCGCGGGCGCCAGUGUCACCGCCAGCGCCGUCGUCCCCAUCACCUCCGCCCCCGCCCUCCCCUGCACAACAAUCACUUACUCGACCUACACCGUCACCGUCCCGCAGGUCAGCUUCGUCACAAACACUGGAACUAGCGCUGGCGCCGUCCCAACUAUCGGUCUGGUCCCGGCUGGUCCCAGCGGCGCUUCCCCAGCACAUACGGGCAAGGUUCCCGCCCCCGCAUCGGCAACAUGGGUGACCUCGAGCGGGUACCCGUACGCCAGUCGAAGCGCCAGUCGAAGCGCCAGUCGAAGCGCCUCGCCUAGCGCAUCCCCGGUCUUCAACUCGGCGUCCAGCUUGUCGAUCGCAUCCAGUCUGGUGCUGGCUUCUAUCGCUGCUUUCUUCAGCUUGGUGAUGUAG